AUGCCAAUUGAAUCUUUUGAGAUAAAAAAAGAAAUAUCAAAUGCUGAUGAUGCGUAUCAAUUGAACUGUGACAAAAAUAUAGAUCUUGAUAAUAGUUCUAGUGCAGAAACCAUUCAAGUUUCAACUCCUUCUGAUCACUUUAAUGACUCGAACCGUGAAGAAUCUAAGUUACCUGUUGAGAAACCUCUUGAUCAGUCAGUGAUAUCCGAAGAUGAAAAGAAAAAAAAUUCUGAAUUUUUUCUUGGAAAACGUGCUAAAACUCCUGAACGUUAUAUGAAAAUUAGAAAUUUUAUUUUAAAUACUUGGUUAAACAAUAAACCAAAAUACAUAUCAAAAACUAUUGUUAGGCCUGGACUUAAGGAUUGUGGUGAUGUUAAUGCUAUCGGACGUGUUCAUGCAUACCUUGAAUCGAUUGGUGCAAUUAAUGUUGGUUUUGCUACUAAAAUUAGGGCUGUCAAAAGAUCCUCCAAAAGAAAAUUAUCUGAUGGAUCCGCUAACAGUACUGAUGGAAGUACCUAUGAUUAUGAUCCAUUUCGUCUGGUAAAACCCAUGCAUUAUACAUCAAGAUAUCCUGCACCAUUUAAAUUGUCUGUUUCUACUAAUGUUAUGCUCAUGAUGGACUUUCAUGCUCAUUUGGCCCAUACUGAAAUCAUUGGUUUGCUUGGAGGUCAUUUCCAUUCUGAUAGUCAACUAAUGGAAAUUACUUAUGUAUAUCCUUGUAAAAGUUUAAGUACUGGUUUUCAGUGUGAAAUGGAUCCUGAGUCUGAGGUUGCUGCAAGAGAGGUUUUUUCUGAAAAGUGCUUGGAAUUUGUUGGUUGGUAUCACUCUCAUCCAACUUUUGAACCUCAGCCUUCAAUUCGUGACAUUGAAAAUCAAUCCCAGUAUCAGGAAAUGUGGAAACGUGAUGAUGGUUUGGAACCAUUUAUCGGAGUGAUUGUAACCCCAUACGAUGCAGAGAAUGUUUCUAAUAUUUCAAAAUUUAAAUUUUGGAUGAGCGGUACCAAAUAUGAUGUUUCAGGCGAAUAUAGAACACCUUAUGAGUGCGAACAUUUAGUAUCACGAUCUGAAUCUUUUCCUGAAGAUAUGUUUUCUCAAUUAUCCGAAUUGAUUAGGGAAUAUCAUAACUAUGAUCAACGAGUUGAUAUGGCACAAAAGUACCGAAAUAAUGACAAUUUUUUGAGACUUGAUAAGAUGAUGGAAUCAUUAUCAUCUCAUCUAACAUCUCAAAUCGCUGAUUCAUUGAUUUCACGUUUACGAGAACUUGUUAAUGACAAUUUUAUUAGUCAAGAAGUUUCAGAAGUAGUCAAUAAUAAUACUAAUACAAAUGUUGAAGAACCAUAA